GAGAGAGGGAGCAGGCCAGCAUGAGCAUUUUCUAGAGCGCACGUCGUGUAGGAUACUGGGGAGUGUCUUGCUCGAUGUAGGCUAGAUGCAUUUUUUGUAGAACUGGAAAAGCAACGGUGCGAUUGUCCGUCCUUCGCUCGCCUUUGUCAGAGCGCUCUCAUAUCGCGGUGUGCUUUCAUCGGCUACACUAGGCUACCUUUUCCUCUGGGAGAUAUCCGUUUCGUUUUUAAAUCGUCAUCAAAGCGGAAUGAAUGACAAAGACAAAGGCUGAUAUCAGUUCGCCCACUCAUUUCGUCUCGCCUAAGGAAAAAAGGCAAAGACAGAAAAUGGAAAGCGGGAACGAGACUGGCGACAGUGUGCAGGCGCAAGCACCCUCCAAGCCGCACCAAUUCGAACAGCAGCCGGCGGUGCAGCAGCAGCCGCUACAAGGGAAAGACAAAAAGAAAGUCAACAGGGCUCCCUCUCCAGCCAGACCCAAAGAUGGUCCUGGGUGGGCCCUCACUAAAAUCAGAGGCGGUAUUGGUACACCGACGCUCAGCGUGAAACCAGGGGCUAUAUACAUCGGGAGCCGAAUGUCAAGGCGCAGCCCCGGGAGCGGCAAAGACGCCAAGUUAGAGAAAGGGAAGCUGUCGGGGAAAGCCAUGUUGUCAGUUGCUCCAAAGGGUAACGGCAAGUCUACAAAGGUCGGCCGGAGGAAAAUUUCGGAUGCCAGCAACAUUUCAGACGACCUGAGCAAAGACUCUGGCUGUGCCCCUGGAAAGCUUUCCCCUACAGGCAGCAGUUCUGAGCUCUCCGAUUGUGCUUCGGAAGAAAACAAACUUUCCACGGACGCAUUGAGUAGUGACACUGAAACCAGUAGUCGGGGUAGGGCAGCAGACAAUGAGAAGUCUGUUAAAACAAAACAAAUAUCCAGGAGACCUGGUAAACUUGUGGAUGAUGGUUCUAAGACGGCAGAAGAAAGGGACCGUCUCUCUAUUGGCAUGGAGAGUGGGGAAGGCAGCAUCUCUCCGGGUGACGAGAGAUCUGCUACCUCCUUCGACAGUCGGAUGCUUGCGAGUACUUCAUUGGCAUUUUCUGAUCUGACAGAAGAGUUUGUGGACGGAGCGCACGAAGAAUUUGUCAGAGAAAUAGAAGAACUACGCUCUGAAAACGACUACUUAAAAGAUGAGAUCGAGGAGCUGCGUUCUGAGAUGCUGGAGAUGAGGGACAUGUACAUGGAGGAGGACGUCUACCAGCUGCAGGACCUGCGGCAGCAGUUUGAUCAGGCCAACAAGACCUGCCGCAUCCUGCAGUACCGCCUGCGCAAGGCCGAGAGACGCAGCCUGCGUGUGGCCCAGACCGGGCAGGUGGACGGGGAACUUAUUCGCACCCUCGAGCAGGACGUCAAGGUGGCCAAAGACGUGUCCAUCCGCCUGCACAACGAGCUGGAGUCAGUGGAGAAGAAGAGGAGCAACCUGGAGCAGGAGAACGAGGAGCUGAGAGUCCACCUGCAAGACCUAGAGGUGGCCAAGCAGGUCCUCCAGACAGAGAUGGAGAAGAGCAGAGAGCAGAAUUCCCAGAAGAAGAGGGGCUCUGAGCGACGCUCCAAUGGCAAGCUGGAGAAGAAAUCCACCCUUCAGCCUGAGGACAGCUCGGACCUGAAGUGCCAGCUGCACUUUGCCAAGGAGGAGUCGGCGCUCAUGUGCAAGAAGCUGACCAAGCUGGUGAAGGAGAGCGAGAGCAUGCGCGAGGAGCUGGCCAAGUUCCGCUCGCUCUACGGCCAGGUGGACGCGGCCAUCACCGUGGAGGAGGUGGCUGACUCGCCGCACACGCGCGAGGCCGAGGUGCGCGUCCACCUCAAGCUGGUGGAGGAGGAGGCCAACCUGCUGAGCCGGCGCAUUGUGGAGCUGGAGGUGGAGAACCGCGGCCUGCGCGCCGAGAUGGACGACAUGAAGGGCCAGGACAUGUUGCCGGGGGGCAUGGGGGUCGGAAGCGGCGGCGGCAACGGCGGCCUCCUGCUGCUCCCGGGCACCGAGAACGUGGUGGAGCUGCAGCGCCACCUGCAGUUUGUGGAGGAGGAGGCGGAGUUGCUGCGGCGCUCGCUGAUGGAGCUGGAGGACCAGAACAAGCUGCUGAUGAAUGAUCUCAACCGGUGCAAGUCGGAGCUUCCACCACCAACACCGGCGUCGUGCAGCGAGCCGGACUCCCCAGCCUCCUCAUCCCCAGGCCCCAUGAGCACCACACUCUUGGAGGAGGAGGCAGCAGCAGCGGCAGGCAAGGAACCAGUGGUCACAGGCGACGAGACCACCUCCCACAACAAGGACCUGCUGGCCGCGCGGCUGCAGAUCGGCGAGCUGAACGGCAAGGUGAAGAAGCUGCAGUACGAGAACCGCGUGCUGCUGUCCAACCUGCAGCGCUGCGACCUGGCCGGCAGCCAGCGGCCCGCCAUGGAGACGGACGCCGAGGCCGGCGACUCGGCAGAGUGCGUGCCCAACGAGGGACUCCGCGAGGGACCCGUGGGCGGCGAGGGACACGAGUCGGCCGAGGACGGCCACCGCGAAGCCGCCCUGGAGAAGCCCGCCGCUCUGGGCCUUCUGAUCUCGGACUGUGGCCACGCCCAGGCACCCUGCCUUCUGAAGAACCGAGAGUCCCUCCUGGCCAUCCACAAGCAGGCCCAGCUGGUCAACACGGCCAUCCAGCUGCUGAUCUCGCCCGACUCGGGCUGCCUGCUCUCGGCCGCCUCCGCUGACGCUCUCUACCGGAAGCUGGUGGGCGGCGACGGAGGGGCUGCGGAGAACGUGAUCUUGGAGAAGAGCCCGUCGUCUCCCUCCGCCGACCUCUCUCUGGUGGAGGCUCUGAGAGCCCGCCUGCGGGGGCUGCAGUCCCAGCUGGAGAGCUUUGUGGAGCGCUUGGAGACCCUCGGAGACUCCUCCCCAGGGAGGGAGCAGGUGGAGGGGGCCUCCCCGCAGCCGUUGCUGUCCGAGUCCGGGGGCCCCGUUGUGGGCAUGCCUUCUGCCUCAGCCCCCUGCCCUUCAGACGGCUCUGCUGGGGCCAUCACUGCUGAACAGAAGUCUGACUUUAGGGACCAAUUAGAGUUGGAGGUCAAAGGUCAAGAGCCCUGUGUAAGUAAAUCAGAAGAGGCCCGCCACAGCCACCAAGACAGCAACAAGGACCUGCACGCCUACGGCCAAGCUGUGGACACAAAAGAAGCGGAUCUGGCCCUGAGUAAUGAUGCCCUUCAGGCUCAUCUGAGUGAUGCCAGGCAGAAGGUGGAGGGUACAGAGCAGGAGCUCAGUCUAGAGAGACAAGCACACCGAGAUGACACACACAGCUCUACGCACAGGCUUAGCCAGUUGCAGGAGGAGCACCAGAAGGCCUUGGUGCGGAGAGACUUCCAGCUCCAGAGCUUGAGCCUGCAGAGUCGUCUCCAGCAGAAGUUCUGGAGCCAGGAGAGGAACCAGCUGGUGCAGGAGUCCCAGCAGCUCAAGCAGAGCCUGGUGCUGCUCAGCCUCAAGCUGCGCUGGUUCCUCAAGCAGUGGCGCCUGGGCAAGAAGCUGGAGGGAGACGCCAAGGACAUCCUGGAGGUGAACAAUGUGAAGGACCUGUGUCUGCUUCUGGAGGAGGAGGCCCUCAGCCCUCACCAGGGAGAUAACAAGAUGCCUGCAGCUGAGGAACAGCAGCCCCUCAACCCCACCUCUAAGGAGCAUUGUCUUCAGAGCUACAAACAGAAGGGAAGUGUCAGCGCCACGCUGGCAGAUCUGCAAGGUGCUCUCCAGGACCUGAGCGUGGAGCUGCGGGAGGAGAGGCAGGGCUCCCUGGAGCUCACCCAGCAGUUUGCCAAGGCUAAGGCCGCCUGGGAGGUGGAGAGGACCGAACUCAAGAGCCUCAUCACUCAGCUGGAGGGUAAAUCAGGGAAGUCCGGGGCGCUCCUGGCAACAGUGGCCGCCGACAAGGACCCUCCAGACCUGAAGGGGUCGCUGAAGCGGGAGCACGCUGAGCACCAGCACCUGUUGGCCGAGUCGUACGCAGCAGUCAUGGACCUGACCAAGCAGCUGCAGAUCAGCGAGAGGAGCUGGGGCCGCGAGAAGAUGGACCUGCUGGAACGUCUCAACCAGGAGCGCAGCCAAUGGGAACAGCAGCUGCAGGAGGCCCAGAGCAGGACCGAGCAGGCUAUGGGUGACAAGAUUACAGAGAGGGUGAGAACAUCUGACGCAGAAACAAAUGGGACAUCCUUGCAGAGGACCAAGUCCAUAUCUUCUAUUAUGGAGCUGGACUCUCUCCUGGACACAUGUCCCUUCUUCAACAGCACAGAGGCUGACAAGCUCCGCUCUCCCGGCAGCUCCUCACCGCUGGCCUGCAGCGACCUGAGCGGCCUGAACCGCAAGAACUGGCGGUACCUGACGUCCGAGUGUGCCCCUGGCGACCAAGGGGAUGCCUUCAAGACCUGGGACUGCCCCAGCACCAGCAGCAGCAGCAGCUUCCCCGGCCUCGACCUGUGCCGGCACCUGGUCCCCCAGCGCAGCUACACGGCCCCCGACAAGACGGGCAUUCGCAUCUACUACAGCCCACCAGCGGUGCGGAGGAUGGAGGCCAGGCUGCCCAGGGCCCGGGCCCAGCAGCAGCAGCCUCCACACACACACAGAGGCCACUCCUCCAGGAUAGGAGGGGCCGAGGGCCAGACAUCUGUGUCAGCCCCUACCUCCAUCAGCUCGCUGUCGUUGGCGUAUGACCAGUGGCUGAGCACGCUGUCGCAGCAGCACAGGGAGAUGCUGCAGGGGAGCCCGGGCGUCGGAGGAGGCGCGCCGUUCCACGGCCUGGAGAUUUCGGGAAACCUGAGCGACGACAUGAAGGAGAUGACCAACUGUGUGCGGCAGGCGAUUCGCUCAAGCUCGCUGGAGCGCAAGUGCAACAAGGACACCGGCAGUCAGACGGUGGGGGUGAGCAGCACUGGCACGCAGACGGCGCGCCUAGUCAGCGUGGGGAUGCAGACUGAAGGACCUAGUGCCGGCACCGCGGCGAGCCGGACGGGGCUCCACGGUAAGAGCUGGUCGCCGCGUCCGUCCUCCUCCCUGGCGUCGGCGCGCUCGCGCCAGAUCUCCUCCUCGCUGGAGAAGGUGGCCAGCCGCAUCGACCGGCCCUGCUGCUCGCCCAAGUACGGCUCGCCCAAGCUGCAGCGCCGCGUGUCGGCCUCCUCCUCGAGACUGGAAACCAGCUCCACCACCAGCGCCUCCUCGGCACGCGACCGCAGCCUCUGGAGCCUCCACCAGCGCAGCACCUCCUGCGGCUCGGCCUGGGCGCGCUCCACCACCACCCGAGACUCGCCCGUCCUCAGCGGCCUGAACGACGGCCUGUCCAGCCUCUUCAGCGUGGUGGAGCACACGGGCAGCUCCGAGGCUCUGUGGAAGGCGGACGUGGGCACCUCCAGCCCCAGUCGGCAGCAGCCUGCGGGGAAGCCGUCCUGCCCCAGCCCGGGCGUGGGCCUCGGAGACUCUCCGGUGGGCAUGGGGCCACACAGGUACGGUGCCAUGCAGGAGUUCAUCAGGAAUGUGUGCGGCAGCCGCACGCCGACACCUGGGCCCGGGGUGGACGAGCCCAAACCGGACUGCCUGUCAGGACUGCUGGUGGGAAGUGACAGCGUGACCAAGAUCGUCAACAAGCGGUUCAUGAAGCCCCCGCGAGACGACCUGCCGGCUGUAGCAGCUCUGGGGAAAGACGCCGGCCUGAAAGACGGCCUACCUGGCACGUUAGAGGACUCUGUGUGUGACUGUUCAUCUCAGUCAGCCACCUCCUGUCUCUCUCGCCCCUCUCGCUAUGCUGCGCGCCACUCCCAAGGCCAGUGCAAGCACCGUCUGCCUGAGAACAGCCCAACCACAGAUGAGAAGGUGGAGCUCAACGUUGAGUAGUGAAGAGAACAUUCAAGAACUGCACCUCCCUUGCACACUGCCACAAUGAUCUCCUGGCCAAUCCCACGUCAAGCUACUCGCAUCACACUACUACAAGCUUGCAACACACACACAUACUGCACACACACACACACACACACACACACACACACACACACACACACACACACACACACACACACACACACACACACACACACACACACACACACACUUCAUGCAUUGCACAUUCACAAACUGCCACACACUGCCACAAUCCUAAAUAUACUGCCAUGUUUACAAAUUCACAAACAUUAUAACACAUACUCAUUGACACCUCCUACACAUAUUUACAUUAAAAAACGCACAUAUGCAUGAGAAAAAAACACAAGCGCACGAAUGCACAAGCAUUGUUAUGAACACACAAAACAACUCCUUGAGGAACCGCAGUGGUGAAUCCCCCACACCCACGCGCUGAGCCUAUUCCACCCCCCACCACACCACAGGCCAGCCAGCACACGUGAAGGCCAAGGAACAGGAGAGGGAACCAUAUUGUAGACAUCCCCUCGUCUCUCCACCAGUAGUGUAGAUGUAUCACCAGCAGGAUUCCCCAACCCACCAACUCUUUACCUCCUCUUUUCAAUGUCAGUAAAUCUGUAUGCACCAGGACAGCAGCUGUUCCCGCUCUAUCAAUACCAAUGAUGUCAGGACUCUUACCAACAACAUGUCAAGGCCACCUCCAGCCAUUCAAACGGAACUUAACAACCAGGAAAUACUCACACCGUCGUGUACAGCUCUUACCAAGAGGAUGUCUUAUGGCUAGAUCUACAACACACACCAACACACCUGCGCCUCAUCUCAGUUCAAAUCCAGUUGCUCAUGAUGUCCAAAUGUCAGUUUUGAGUUCAUGAUUUUUUUUUCUUCUGCACAAUGAUUUGAAAUUGAGUAUUUCUGCAAUUGGAUGCUGAAAAUCAGAAAGCCUGAAUAGAUCCAGAUGUAUCUAGGACACAGGACAUGUGUCGUCGAGUUGUCACUUCUCAAAUGAACCGCUAUGGCCUUUUCCCCUCAGUGAUGGUGGAGAGAGGACGCCCCUGCUCUGUUGAAACCCACAAUCCCACAAGUUUUCAAGCUGUCACAACACAACACACUCUGUGCCUCUGUUGAAGACCCCCUUUUAAGGGAGUAUGUUCCAGCCUUCAGACAGACACAUCUACAAUGAGAUGAGACAUACAUACACAACAACACCAACACCCCCCCCCCCACCCCCCCCCCCCCCCCCCCCCCCCCCCCCCCCCCCGACAACUUAACAGUAUUUGUGGGACCAUCUUGCCUCUUUUUAAAUGUUGACGUCUGCGUUGAUACUGCUUUGACAAUGUAAACUGCCUAAUGCUACCUUGACUCUUUUUUUGUAAUUAGGAUAACAAUCUGGAUGUACAGACACAAUUUGUCUGAAUUUCCCCCCUUUUUGAGAAGAUUGAUGGACAAUUUGCAUUUUAUGAUGUUGGACUGAAUAUGUAGUAGUCCCCCUGUAGAGGCACAUGUGGACAGUAGCGUGUAGCAGGACUUGAGGACUGUAGGAGCUAUCUGCUUGAAGCUCAAUCGUAGGAACACAGGGUUGUGGUUGGUACAGCAAGAGCCAUCCGGUCCCAGCUGUAGGGAUGAUUUCCUUGAAGUAUUCCAAGUUAAUGGUCCCCUUGUUAGAGUAAAGGAAUGACUGUUGCAGCUAGGUAUUACUCAGCUUUUUACAGCCAGAUUUGAAAAUCGUUUGUUAUCCUGUGUAUUUCUCUCAUGGUGCGUGUGUGUGUGUGCGUGCGUGUGUGCGUGUAUGUGUGAGGGCAUGCUGUAAUAUGUCAGUAUGCCUUAUGGCUUGUUAGUGCCCUGCAUUGUCCAGUGCUAUUCCAGUGCUCUCUUGAAGGUCACCCCUGCACGCUCAUUCCUCUCCUACCUGUCAAACAUUCCCUCUCUUUAACCCUUUCUUUCUCUGUCUCUUACACACAAUUUCGCGUUCUUUUUCUCUCUCUCUCUCUCUCCCUCUCUCUCUCUCUCCAUCCUGCUUAUACAAAGGGUUGAAGGUUGUCGCAGAAGCACAUACAGUAAGGGUCAGCUUCUUAUUAAUGUCAUUUUAAUACAACUGUAUGCAAUAGUUAAUUUAACCAGAACAUUUUUUUCAAUGGUCUUUUGUUUUGUUGAUGUUUUUGAUGAUUGAUGCAACACUGCAAUGAGGACAAUGCAGUUUAAGAAUAUUGUGCGUUAUCUGUGCGUACUGCUGUGCCUGUCCUACUUUCACAGUAACACCAAAUGCAGCAUCAUAUCAGGAGUACCUGGAUAUUUUAUUUAUUUAUUUUCUGUGGAGAAGUAAACACCUCUUUUAUCUUCAGAUGAAAGCCAUGAAGUGGAACCAUGAAAUGUUGCAGCAGGGUUCCUUUCCUCAAAACGUGUUGAUAAUCUUGUGAUCUGUGAUGUUGGUCAUGUGAUUGCCAUCUUCAAUGUAUGAAAUAUGAGUAAUGGUUACCAUUAAUGUUGGAAUCUUACAAUACCACCAUUACAUUGACAGCAAAACAAACGUACAAACAGUCCGUUGGUUAUCCAGCAGCGUAGGCUGGGUCUUUUUCAUAUUGUAAUCGCUCAGCUGCCAUUAAACCACAAUCUUAACUUCAAUCACACUACUAGGAUUCAAGAAAAAAAAGUUCUCUUCAUGCUUAUUUAACAUGUUCUAAGUGAAUCCUUGCUCUAUUGCCUUCUCCCCUGCCUCAAGCUGGGAUAUGCACACGGUGCGUAGGUGUUUUGGCACAAAUGAUGGGCUUCAUCAAGUAUUGGUUUGUGGAUUACCCUUUGGCAUCUGAGAAUACACCGAUACACACCUACGGUUCAUACAAACCUGCCAUAUUUGCAUGGAAAUAAAUUGGUUUGGUGUCAUUUUUAGGACGAUCUGUCGAAGUGGACAGAACAAAGAUACCAGUAGACAAGUUUGGAGAUGAUGAAGUAUAGCAUCCAAGUUUUGGCAAAGGACGCGCUCAACUUCUUGGAAAAACGAAAGUCUUUGGGUGCGCGAUAAAAUGUAUUAACUUAAGGAAGAAAAAUCCGCACUCAAAAACGUGAGUAUCACGCACUGAUGAAGGCUUGAUAGCCGAAACGAGUUUGCUUUUUGGACAUGGUGGUAAUAUAAAUAAAUAAUGAGACGCAGUUUGUGAGUGCGGAUUUUUCUUCCUGAAGUAUAGCAUCCCCCAUAUCCCCUCUGUUCAAGAUAACUCUGCUUUUUGAACAGGGCAUUAGCUGAAAUAUAAACUUCAGCAUGGAGCGAGAACAAUUUUCAGGACCGCCAUCAAUCCCCAGAGAAGUUGCUAAAUGUUGAGGGCAGAUAGACACCUAGCUGCCGCUGCUCCUGCUCCUGCUGCUGCCUUUAGUUGCUGCUGUUGCCAUGCCCUGACCCUGCGCAAUGCUACCUCUUUUGACCUUUGACCUUGAUGUAAACAUGUCAUGCAGCUACACCCAUCCAUUCCAUGCCUAUUUAUUUCCUUAAGGUCACAUGAGUGCCUUUUUUGAAAGAAAUAAAACGAUGAGGGAUAACUAACGAAAAUAUUAAGAUGUAGGCCACCACCAUUGUUAAGGUAUAGAGUUUUUCACGUUUUUUUUUCCACGAAGGCAAUGUCAGACACAUUGCCUAUAGCCUGUCUUUAUAGUUUUAUGGUAGAGUGAUAAAAUAAUUCUGUCACAAACCUGUGUAAAUGGAAAGAAAUAGUUAAAAUCAUAAGAUUGCCAUUGUAAAAAAAUGACUGGUACUUGCCUAAGCUUGUAGCUAUCUUGGCUGUUUUGACAGUUAGCCUGCAAGCUCCACCUUUCCCUGGGUGCCAGUAGUCACCUAAUCCCAACCCAAUCCCGCAUCUUGGUCUAGAUGAUCCUUGAAAUAUGUGAUGGGGGAAAGAUCAAACAUUGGGGGAAAUGAGUCCAAAACAGAACCAUUGAUGGCAAGCCAUAAUGGAUUUUUUUAAUCCAGCUCUCUUUUUGUCAGGUUCAUCUAAGAUAAUCAGUUGUUGGCCAAGUUCUGCAAGAAAUUUGUGACCUUGUCUGGUUGACCACUCCUCAUCAAACUCUUGGGUCUGGAGGGCUUAAUUCUUAGUCACUGAUAUGUUGGCAUAAGGCAUACUAUAGACCUGUUCUUCAUCCUUGGGAUACUAUUUCAAUUUUGACCAAAAUAAUCGUGAUUAUCAUUUUUCCAGAACUGUUCUUCAUCAUUGGAUUUUAUUCGUUUCUAACCCAACCUCCGUCUGUCAAGCAACUUUCAUUUCACGUCCUCCUUAAAUAGGCUACUCCGCCAUGCAUUGCCCAUGCUCUCCCUCUGUCAUUGCUGCCUAGCAAUAUUUAGAUGUAAUCUUAACUUGCUCAUAUGUUUUGCUAAAUUAUUCUCAUUACAUUUCAUACCCUUUUUGUUUUUUGUUUAGAAAAGUACCAAGACCAAAAUAUCAACAAUGAAAGGAAAGUGGAAAGCCUUGCAUCCCUCUAGAAUAUUUUAACUUACUCUACAUGAAUAUAUUGUUUAUACUCUUUUAACCCCAUUAUGAGAAAGAAACACAGAUGAAUGUUUGAAUUUGAGCGCAGUCCAGUUGAAGUCUGUAGCCCUCUCCCUCCCCUGCCUUUUAGACAUUAAUGUCCCAAUGUAAAUAGCAGAAGAAUGAAAAGAAAUGCAAUAGAAUUUUGAAUUACUGUCAUGGGGAGGGGUGGAUUUGGUUGUAAGCUCAAAUAUAAUUUCAUGUUGUUUGCUGAACUUCACAAAUAAAUGUUUCAUAUACAAGUGUA